AGCUGAUGAGCGGCAGCGUGUUGUGUGGCCUACCUGGCGUAAACAUUCGAUUUCGCAAAAACUAAAAAGCCGAAAGCCGCGGAAUGAGUGCUCCAACUUCUUCAGAUAUUUCCGGUGGAAGCCAACGCGUUGUGGAGGAAAUCGAAAUUCCCGUUCCUUGGGGCUUCGUUGCAGGUAAAUGGUGGGGAUCUCGUACGAAGCAACCGGUCCUGGCCCUUCAUGGUUGGCAGGACAACGCCGGAUCCUUCGAUCGGCUGUGUCCUCUUUUGCCAGAGGAAAUUCCUAUCCUUGCAAUCGAUCUUCCGGGCCAUGGGAAAUCGUCUCACUAUCCUAAGGGGAUGCAUUACUUCAUAUUUUGGGAUGGUAUCAGCCUGAUUCGACGGAUUGUUAAGUACUACGGAUGGACAAACAUCACUCUACUGGGCCAUUCGUUGGGCGGUGCACUCAGUUUUAUGUACGCUGCCAGUUUUCCGGAUGAGGUGGAUCGGUUUAUUAGCAUCGACAUCGCAGGGCCCACGGUGCGCGAUCAUCAUAAGUUGGCAGCUAGUACCGGGGAUUGUAUCGACAAAUUUUUGCACUACGAAACUCUUCCGGAGUCCAAAAUGCCGUGCUACGGUUACGAAGAGAUGAUAGAAUUAGUUCUGGCCGCCUAUGAUGGUUCCGUGGACUAUGAUUCAGUUGAAGUAUUGAUGCGCAGAGGUAUGGCUUUGGCACCAACUCACUUGAAUAAGGACGGAUACCAUUUCGCCAGGGAUCUGCGUCUAAAGGUAGCUCUUAUGGGAAUGUUCUCAUUGGAACAAGUGCUCGCGUACGCUGAAUGUAUUAAAUGUAAGGUUCUAAACAUACGCGGACAGCCGGGUAUGAACUUUGGUAGUGCAGAGGUGUACGAAAAGGUCAUGGAAGUGCUUCGCCGGACUGCAUCGAAGGUUGUAUAUUAUGAAAUUCCCGGUACGCAUCAUUUACAUCUUGUAACACCGGACAGAAUAUCUAAGCAAGUCAGCGAGUUUCUGCUUGAAAUUUGAGCCUUACAUGUAUGGUUGUUGGUAGGACUAUUUAACAAUAUAACUGAACAUUAGUGGGAAACGAAUCCGUUUGUUGAAUUCAGGGAAUCAUAUUGCUUGGAAGUGAGAUUAUAGGUAAUUGGUUUUGCGAUUUGUUCUUAAAUAGUUGUAGAACCGUUAGAUUUCGCUUGGUGGUAUGAGGGAUAGGUCACAAUGCACAAUGAUCAUUAAAUGAAGUUUCGGAAACAUUCCUUACCGAAGGAGAUAAGCUAGCAGCCGUUUGUUCCUGUUCAUAUCUAAGUUGACUUUGAAGCUGUAUCACUGUGCAGGUUCAUAGUCGAACACGUGGAGGCAUACAAAGGUGAACGAAGAAAUAAAGAGACGUUUUAGGAUCAUUUGACAACACCACGAAUGUUGAACCAAAUAUAUUCACAAUUCAAUGAUUUU